AUGUCUCAACCUUUCCUUUUCCAAAAACGUGGCAAGCGGACACUUGUCAUUGCUUCGCGUUACAACGGCUAUAAAGGCAAUAUUGCUGACUCGUCAAAGGAAAACAUUCCUUCCCUUACUUAUAAGUUCGCUAACUUGAAAUUAAAUAUGAAUCAUUCGGAUUCGGACUGUGAAGUGCUUGAAAUUAGUUCACCUGAAAGGUCCCAAAAGAAUGCACGUGACUCGAAGAAUACUUACACUAAGAAUAAUAAAUUCAGAAGACCCUCACCUAAACCAGAGAUAUCGAAAGAAAAAACAUACAAUUCCCAAAGAUCAUUCCGAAGGCCUUCUCCUAAAACAAAUAGGUUUUCUGAGUUUCGAGGUUCAUCGACCGGAUUUAAUACUGAAAAAAAUAAUCUAGGGUCUAUUGAAAUUUUGGAACCUUCUAAUAAUUCAAAAUUUAAAAGACAAUCUUCUAAAUCAAUAUUGGGUGAACGCAGUUUAAAGUACACGCAAACUUUGCCAACUUUAAACCAUAAGUCUAAAAGCAAGCUGUUCGAAAUAUCGCAAAAUGUUAGAGCAUCAUCUCCUCAACUUAUUGACCUAACUAAAGGUUCUAAAGAUCGUCCGCAAUCAACUUUUAAAAAAUGUACAAAUGGAUUUAGGGCUCCUUCUCCAACAAAGGGAAGGUAUAUAAACCUACCAAAACUUGAUUUACUAUCCGAUGAAGGUUCCAUAGAUUUAAAAAAGAAAUGCCCUUAUUGUAAUGAACCUCUUCCUGAUCCACUCCCACCACGUAUACGUGCAUAUCUGGAAUCACCUAGCAAUAUACCUUCAUUGUCUUCAAUUAAUGGUCCUUCAUCGAGUAUCGUAGAUCAAUUUGAAUUUUGUCGUCUUCAUGACGCGGAAUCUCAUAUUGUACCAGAUGGUCUUCAAAAAAAUUACCCAUUAGUCAUUGACUUUGACACUCUACCAAAUCGGAUUGAAGUUUUAUUUCCAGAAUUGUUAGAGGUUGCAACCGGAAAAACUAAAAGUCUUUUCAGGGAAAUUGCGAUGGAUGCGUACAACGAAUUAGGAAAAGCUAGAGCAAGAAAACCGACCGUAGUGAUGGGGAGAUUUCAGAAAUUUUUACCGGGUUAUUAUGGUUCUAAAGGAUCAUCUGUUAUUUUUUCCACUCUCGUUUCCCUUUUUAUUGAAUCAAAACGAUUAACAUUGAAUAUGACUAAACCACAAGAACCCCUGGAAUAUCUUAAUCAAGUACUUGUUCCAGAAACUGCAAUUAGACUAAUUGCCGAAGACCGGGGUGGCAUUGCAUUAAAGGAAGCAAGGGAAAUAAUGGAAGAUAGUAUAGAAUUUGGAAUGUAUGUCCACGAUGUAGAGGAAGAGGAUAUAUGA